CGCAAAGGGUGUCGGGAGGGGCUUCCAGCAAACCUUUUUCCCUGGCCUCUGGAGGGACCACCGUUGCAGCUGCUUGGGCUUCCACGAUCUGCGUUGGGGAUAAACGGCCACGACGUCAGCCACUGCAACUCUCACUGUGUCUGGCUCUGUCCAUAUUCAUUCUCUGGCGGCCGCCGGGGUUCAAGCAGCGGCUGCGGCGGACAUGUUGUGAGGCGGCGGCGCGGGUGUCUGAAGGAUGGUUUGGCCGAGGCGGUGGCAACGGCUGCUGGGGGCGGCGACAGCAGGGGCUCGGGCUCAGUAGAGCCGAGCCCGCUGGGUGUCCGCCCAGUACCACGGCGAGGCCAGUGUCGCUGGAUCUUGCCUCUGCUACGGCGCCGUUGGGGACCGGUUAGGCGACAUCGCCCGCCCCUCUGAGGAGACACGAAGGUGGUUCUCCAGCCGCUCAAAUUUCCAGAACACCUUGCUUUUUCCUCCCCAACCUGGGCAGUGCUAUCCCCAAAUCCUCAGCCCCCCGACUUUCCUCCUAAACUCGCCCUAAAUCUCUCGCACACUUGGGUUGUCCCCCGCCUCGAGCCCACUCCUCCCCCUUCCUCAUUUUCUGUUCCCUCUUCUCAGAGCGCCCCCCGGGAUCACUCUUCGAGGGCGGCCUGAAAUCUCUGUGGAGUAGUGGACCAGAACCGGGGAGUUUUUAAAAGUCGGGGCGCGAGGGACAGGAAGGUACGAUGGCUUCCUCGUCCGGCAACGACGAUGAUCUCACUAUCCCCAGAGCUGCUAUCAACAAGAUGAUCAAAGAGACUCUCCCCAAUGUCCGGGUGGCCAACGAUGCCCGAGAGCUGGUGGUGAACUGCUGCACUGAAUUCAUUCACCUUAUUUCUUCUGAAGCCAAUGAGAUUUGCAACAAAUCGGAAAAGAAGACCAUCUCACCAGAGCAUGUCAUACAAGCACUAGAAAGUUUGGGCUUUGGCUCUUACAUCAGUGAAGUAAAAGAGGUCUUACAAGAAUGCAAGACAGUAGCAUUAAAAAGAAGAAAGGCCAGUUCUCGUUUGGAAAACCUUGGCAUUCCUGAAGAAGAGUUAUUGAGACAACAACAGGAAUUAUUUGCAAAAGCUAGACAGCAACAAGCAGAAUUGGCCCAACAGGAAUGGCUUCAAAUGCAGCAAGCUGCCCAACAAGCCCAGCUUGCUGCUGCCUCAGCCAGUGCAUCCAAUCAGGCAGGAUCUUCUCAGGAUGAAGAAGAUGAUGAUGAUAUCUGAAAUUCACCAGCUGAGUUUCUAUUUCCUCUCUAAACAUUUUUCCCUGCACAACAAAACAGUAAAAGAAAUGCUUAUCUGUAAUUUUGUAUGCAUCUUGGUGGACUUGCCAUUGGUAUCCUAGGGAUGUCUGCUGUUAAGUUUCAUCUAUUGUGUGCUGUACCUGUAAAAACUAUCUCUUUGAACUAUUGAAAAUUUAAGGUUCAGUAUAAUAUCAAUUUUGAAUUUUUAAUGGUGUUUAUGAAAUUUUAGAUAGCAGUGAGUCCUUUAUUUGAUCAAUAAACAGUGUUAUAGAAAACUUCAAGUUUAUAAAAAUACAGUGAAAUUUAUACAGAAGCUCUAAAUCUGCAUUUGCAUUUCCUCUGGCCUUUUAACUAAACUAAAAAUUGGGAAUUUUAAAGUAUUGAGGGGGUUGCUGUGUGAUGCAGUAGACACUGGAUCAGGUUGGUAAAAAAAGACUUCAGUUCUAUGGUAUCUGAAUGUUUUGUCUUUUAAAAUGAGUAUAUAUACAGGCAAUAAGUAUAUAUGCUCAGAUAAAUAUACUUGUUUAGAAAAACCUCAGAAAAGACAUUCAAAAACUAGAAAGGAGUAUGUUCAGUAGUAGUUGUAUAAAUGUGGUGGGUUAUGUUUUUGAUUUUGUUUUUGUUUUGUGUAGAGGUAAAAACUACCGUUUUUUUAUAGCAUAAUUCAUUUUGAGCUACACUAUUACAUUUCAAAGACUGCCUAAUUCUGAGAACUGUCAUGAUUCUUACUGUUUCACUCCAAUUCAAUAAUUGUUAAUAAUAUUACUUGCUUAGUCCAUCCAUGUUUAUAUUAUUCAAAUAUAUAGGCGGGACUUAUGAAACAAUUGCUUGGGUUCCUUGGUUUAACUGAGGUUCAUGAAUAUUCAUACCUUUGCUGGGAGAAAGAAAUGAAAGUUAAUGAGCUUGCUUGCUUAUAAAAGAGGGAUUUUUUUUUUUUUAAUUUAACGUGUAGUUAUAGUUUACUUAUUUUUUGUUUUUAGUGUUACUUUUACAUUUCCUUGACUAGAUAGCCUAGAGAGUCCAAUGCUACCUUUUGAAAAGGCAUCAUUGUCUCCCUCAUUAUAAUUGAGUAAUAGCUUUAAAAAAAAGAUUGGCUUUGUUAAAGAAAGUGUGUCAUAACUGAUCAGCCCUAUGUGAAACAUACAUAGUUUUAAUCUUCUCAUUAAAAGGGAGAAGCUUUAAUUUGGUUCUGAGAAAGUGUGGCAGUGAUUGUUAGAGGAAUCCAGUGUCUUGAAGAAAUGGCAUAUUGUUUGUAUUUUGGAAACAGAAAGGAAAAGCCACUUAAGAUAGUAUGAAGUAUUUAAAUUCCUGUGUCAAUUGCCAAAUCAUGUAAAAUUCUAUAUUCAUCAAGCCCAGAAAUAGAUUGUGGCUGCCAAGAUUCCGAUUUUAAUUGGAGAGCUGAAUAAGUAAAAUUUAUAAGUAUUAGAUUUCUUAAUGAUCAUAUUUUGCAUUUUUAGAAAAAGAAAUAUUGUUAUACAUUUAUUAAAUACACUUCCCCUAUGUAAUGAAAAGGUUAAUUUUGCUCAGUGUUUUAAGUUGAAGUUACUUCAUGGAUGUCAUAUUCAUGAAGUGCAUUUGGACAAGAUAAAAGGAAUUGUUUUUUAAAACGUUUAAGUACCAAAGGUAGUCUAGUCUAGAGAAAUAAUAAGUUAAUAAGUGUUGGCUUUUCUAAUUUGUACUGUAACAUCCUUAUGCUUUCUAUUUUAAGUAUAUCUGUUUCUUAAGUAAGCAAUUUAGGUAU